AUGGGGGAAGUGAACUUGGAUUUGACUUUAGCCUCUGUUCCCAAAACCGUUUCUAAUUUCCUCAACGAAGUUUCUCUCACCAAAGACUCAUCGAAGAAGCUUUCAAUGCUCGAUGACUUGGUUCGUAGAUUGGAAGAAGAAAUGAACAAAGUCCUCGCUUUCAAACGCGAACUUCCUCUCUGUAUACUCCUCGUUAACGAUGCUAUUGCGAGAUUGAAGGAUGAAAAAGAAAAAGUUAGAUUACUCAAAAUGCAAGAUCCAGUUAUGAUGAAUGACAAGUCUGAUAAUAAGAUGAAUUGGAUGAGUUCAGUUCAGCUUUGGACUACUCAAACAAAAUCGAAGAAUGAAGAUGGUGAUAGGUCUGUGUUACAGAAGAGUAAUGGUGGAGGGGUAUUUAUGGCAUUUAAUGAAAAUACUCGUGUUCCUUUGAAGGAGGUUUCUCAGGUUCCGAGUUUUAGUUUGGUGUCUGAAGUGAGUCAUGGAAAUUCUAAGACUGGUUGUGAUCGAAGUAGUUCUGGUUCGUCUUUGUUGCGAGUUGAGAUACAGAAUCAACAGCCGCAGCCACCUCAGCCUUUGCUGCAGAGUUCCAGGAAACAAAGGCGGAGCUGGUCUUCCGAGCUUCAUCGCCGUUUUGUUGAUGCUCUUCAGCAGCUUGGUGGAGCACAUGCAGCCACUCCUAAACAAAUUAGAGAAAAGAUGCAAGUGGAUGGAUUAACAAAUGAUGAAGUGAAAAGCCAUUUGCAGAAAUACAGGCUUCAUGUUAGAAGAUUCCCAGUUUCUUCAAUUGAGGAGGCUAAUAAACUAGCCUUAUAUAUGAUCCAAGAUCAAGAUACAUCCAAGGGAAAUUUAUCAGAGUCUGUUUCACCACAGGGUCCUCUUACUCCUAUUCUCAUUGGAGGAUCUGUUAAAGGUCUCUCGAGCCACGGAAGAAACAGUGUGGAUGCAGAAGAUGAACAAUCAGAUUGCAGGAAUUGGAAAGAUGAUCAGGAGCAGCAGCAACAUGAAGCCGAAUAA